CAAACACACCAAGCUCAAAAUGUUCGCGUCAACAACACUUCUUCUUUUACUGACUUCAUGUGCUUCAUUUUUUAUCACCCUGGCCACAAACGACCCGACUGAAAUGGUCCAAAUAACCCAGGCCUGUUUAAACGAAUCUGGUGCCACAAUGGAAAUGGUUAGAAAUUACAAACCAAGCAAGAAAGAACCCGAGAAAGAACUUUUGUGUUUUAUUAAAUGCAAUUUUGAAAAAAUGGGAUAUGUUAUGGACAAUGGGACGGUGUGUGUGGAGUCUAUGAAAGAGGAUGGUUUUAUUGAGGCCCCGGAUGACGACAAAGAGACGAUUUAUGAGUGUUUAGAGGGAGUAGCCGGGGUGGAGACGUGCGAGGAUGCCUGGGAUUUGGAAAAAUGUGUUGUGGGAAUUAGCGACGAAUGAUUUAUAAAUACACAAAAUUAGUGAAGAGGUUACAAUAAAUUUGGU